GGCGAACGAAAGUUUAAACUGUGAUUGAAAAACUGGCCCUUAUUAUAGUUAUCUACGAAUUGUUGCAAGUAAUCUACAAUCUGAUUUUAGUGGAAUGAAUGAAAUCUUUCGAUCAGUGUAAAUAAAGACAAUUAUAGGUAAUCGCUAAAAUGUAAAUAUAAAGAAAUCAAACAAAUUGGACUAUUCAUUACUUUUAAUAUACCUAAUCAUUUAUAAAAAUGACAAAGUUCGUAGCAACCUUUUUAGUUCUUAUCAGUGUCUACUAUUUUCAGGUAGCCCCGCUUGCAAUUCACUCACCACCAGAACAAGCAGAAUGGAUUAAAAAGAAUACAGAAGCUUGUGCCAAAGAAAUAGGUGUUAAAGAAGAUCUAGUUCUGAAAGCAAGAAAAGGCGAUUUUUCAGAUGACAGUACUUUAAAGGAAUACGUACUUUGUACUGUUAAAAAAUAUAAAUUUGUAGUAGACGGAAAACUUAUUAAAGAAGCUAUUAACAAACAAUUUAUAGUUGCAACAGGCGAUAAGGAUUUAACAAAUAAAACGUUUAAUAAAUGUUAUCAAGAAAAAGAUACUCUAGUGAAUACAGUUUUUGAAAUGGCCAAAUGUUAUUUUAAGGAAAUCCCUAUUGCCGUUAUAUAGGUACCUAAUCUAAUACUAAUUUAAAAAUAAAUAUAUGUUUAAUAAAUUCUUUUCAAUUAG